UUGUUUAAAAUGCUUAUUUAUUGAAUUUAGCAUGCAUAAUUAGCCUUUUGUAAUAAGCUGGUUAGCUCAAAGACCUUAAAGUAGAUCUAAUGUGAUUUGAAUGCAAAGGAUAAACAUUCUGCCUAUCACGAAAUCAAACCCUAUAAAGACUGCUUCUUUAAAAAUCAAUAAAGACCAUUGUUUUCCCACAGAAACACUGUAAGCAUCCUCUAGGGAACUUGGUCCAAGUGCAUCCUAGGAAAUCUCAGCAUCAAGGCAGUGUGAGCAAAGCUCUACGGCUUUACGUUUUACAGCCCAUCUCAUAAAUGUGAGCGCCUGCAACUCUGCGUGACAUGUCUUCGUGUUUAUGAAGGGCUCUGGAGAUGUCUCGCGACGAUAUGUCCCCUCUCUGGUCCGAGCUAUUUUCAGCGCGAGCGCGUCACGUUGCCGUCCAGCAAACUUCAUCUGGAGUGAAUGAAGAAUACGCGCACACCUCCGGGAUUACAGCUCAUGCGUUAUCAUGAAUUGAGGCAGGUGCACAACUUCAAACGAUGAAUUCUGCGAGCGCAAAACUGCGUGAUCUACCUCGCUCGGCUGAUGUCCUUGUUCAUGAAUGAGAGAUUAUUCGUUCAUCGCCUUCUGCCCGAUCAUCACCUCCACUCUCAUCGCAGCUUUCCGCUUUUCAUCUGAGCGUCCGUGUAAAAUGGAAAUCUGAAGUGCUCCACUUUCGCAGUUUCUCACCUUUCAAAGAAAAAGUGUAGCGUAGCCGCCUGGGUACACUGGAGCUCAGUGGAAAUCUGUAUCCUGCCAAGCUGGUUCCAGACUGCGGGAAAAGGGUGCAUAAGUCGAGGGGGGGUCACACCUCGGGCUCCUCUGCUUACUUAACACCCUCUGGUCCCAGGAUACCCAAAUUGCCAGGUCUUCUCCUCCUCUCCAUACCGCUCCGCUGGCUGCUCCUAUAGCUUCUGGAGAACGCCUCCUCUCUGCGCUGCCUCGGACACCAGGAACCUGCCGCCACGUCAAUCACGUCCUCACAGCUGGCUGCAGGGCGGCCCUCGUGGCCGGGAUGCCACUGUGUACCCUGCCAGUCGGCAGUGGAUCCUGAGGGGCAAGAGCUGCCCACCCAGUGCAGGGGGCAGAGGAACAAGCACCCUGACCUCGACAUGAAUCUCUGCUGGAACGAGAUCAAACGCAAAUCCCACAACAUCAGGGUACGGCUGGAGGCCUUUUCGGACAACAGCGGGAAGCUCCAGCUGUCCCUGCAGGAGAUCAUCGAAUGGCUGACAGCUAAAGACGAGGAGCUGUCCGAGCAGCUGCCCAUAGGUGGUGAUGUGGGAGCGGUGCAGCACCAGCGGGAGUUCCACCAGGCUUUCAUGGAAGAUGUCAAAUCCAGAGGGCCCUACAUCUACUCGGUGUUGGAAUCAGCUCAGACCUUCCUGGCACAACACCCAUUCCAGGAGCCUGAGGAGACAUUGCCUGAUGGCAAAGAAGUGUCUCCUCGUCGGCGAAUGAUGAAUGUAAGUCGCUCCGUAUGGAAGCAGGCCAACGUGGCCAGUGACCUGUGGGAGAAGUUGACGGCGCGCUGUGUAGACCGACACCGGCACAUGGAGCGAACCCUGGAGAGGCUGCUGCAGAUCCAGGCUGCCAUGGAGGAGCUGGCUGUGGCUCUGGAGCAGGCGGAGGGAGUAAGGGACGCCUGGGAGCCUGUGGGAGACCUGUUUAUUGAUUCGCUGCAGGACCAUAUAGACGCUACCAAGCUAUUUAAAGAAGAGCUGACCCAGGUGAAGGAAGGAAUGAAACACAUAAAUGACCUGGCCCACCAGCUGGCCAUAUCUGAUGUGCACUUGUCCAUGGAGAACGCCAGAGCUCUGGAGCACCUCAACAACAGAUGGAAACUUCUGCAGGGGUCUAUUGAAGAACGUCUGAAACAGUUGCAAGAUGCCCACAGAGAUUUUGGCCCUGGAUCACAGCACUUUCUUUCCAGCUCUGUCCAGAUUCCUUGGGAACGUGCCAUAUCCCCCAACAAAGUGCCAUACUACAUCAACCAUCAGGCUCAGACAACCUGCUGGGACCAUCCAAAGAUGACUGAAUUAUACCAAGCUCUGGCGGACCUGAACAAUAUCAAGUUCUCUGCAUACCGGACGGCCAUGAAGCUGAGGCAUGUGCAGAAGGCUCUAAGAUUGGAUCUGCUGAAGUUAAGCAGCGUGGUGGACGUGUUUCGAGAACAGGAGCUGCAGCAUGCUGAGCACGUGAUGGAUGUGGUCGAGGUCAUCCACGCUCUCACUUCCCUGUAUGAGAAACUAGAGGAAGAGAGGUCCAUCCUGAUCAAUAUCCCCCUGUGCGUCGACAUGUGUCUCAACUGGCUGCUGAAUGUUUACGACAGUGGUCGUAAUGGUAAGAUGCGAGUGCUCUCCUUCAAGACGGGCCUGGUUAUUCUAUGCAAUGCGGACAUCCAGGAAAAGUAUAAAUAUCUUUUCAGACAGGUGUGUGGUCCAGGUGGACUGACAGAUCAGAAACAUCUCAGCCUGUUACUGCACGAGGCUAUUCAGAUCCCUCGGCAGCUCGGGGAGGUGGCGGCAUUUGGAGGAAGCAAUGUGGAGCCCAGUGUCCGCAGCUGCUUUCGAAUGGCUCCAGGUAAGUCAGCAAUCGAGGUGUCUCACUUUCUAGAGUGGAUGAGCCUAGAGCCUCAGUCUGUGGUGUGGCUUCCUGUUCUACACCGGGUAACUGUGGCCGAGACCGCCAAGCAUCAGGCACGCUGCUACAUCUGUAAGCAGUGCCCUAUCAAGGGCUUCAGAUACCGAAGUCUGAAACAGUUCAAUGUGGACAUCUGCCAGACAUGUUUUCUGACGGGCCGGACUACCAAGGGCAAGAAACUACACUACCCCAUCAUGGAGUACUACACCCCGACGACCUCAGGCGAGAAGAUGCGGGACUUCGCAAAGACGCUGAAGAACAAGUUCCGCUCGAAGCAGUAUUUUAGUAAACACCCUCAGAGGGGAUACCUGCCCGUUCAAUCAGUACUGGAGGUGGAGAGCUCCGAGACCUCAUCAGGCUGGGAGGCCAUCUGGCUGCUCAGGCCCUGCUCAUCUCCCAGGCUGCCUCAUGCGGACACUCACAGCCGGAUCGAGCAUUUUGCCAGCAGGUUGGCAGAAAUGGAGAACCAGAGCUGUUCCUUUUUCACCGACAGUCUCUCUCCAGAUGAAAGUUUGGAUGAAGAUCAGUACCUCCUACGUCACUCCAGCCCCGCCCUCGAGCAGGACUCCCCCCAUGGCCACCUGCUGGCCCACCUGGACUGCCAGGACAGAGAAGAGCUGCAGCGCACCCUCCAACGCCUGGAGAACGAGAACAGGGUGCUGCAAGGCGAGUAUCGGCGGCUGAAGUGGAAGCAUGAAGAGGCAGCAGCUUCACCCCAGCUGCUGGAGUCGGGUCCCGGGUCACCGGCCGGUCAGCAGGACGAGGAGCUCCUAGCCGAGGCUCGAGUCCUUCGACAGCACAAGACCCGCCUGGAGACGCGGAUGCAGAUUCUAGAGGACCACAACAAGCAACUGGAGUCCCAGCUACACAGACUCAGAGAACUACUGCUGCAGCCCAAAGACGACUCGGAGGCCAAUGGCUCUUCUCCUUCUUCUCUAUCGUCUCCUGUGUCAGGGGGUGGCCACCAGGGGGAGCCUCCCAGUAGAGAGACUACAGACACAGAAGCUGCAGGUGAAGAUUUGGAUCAUGAGCAGGACACCGUACUGCAGCUGCAGCAGGUAAUCGAACAGCUGAGGAACGUCUUCCCAUCUGAGCCAGGUCCAUGAGGAACCUGAAGCAAAACUCAGAGGCCUACAAUUGUGCAGGCGUCGUAUUGCUCAUCUUAUUGUGGGCAGGGUCUUGAGAAUGUGGGGCUGGCGAAUCCAUGGACAGACGAGGCGGCAGCGAGAAGAAUUUCAAGACAACCUUCUCAGCCUGCGGCCAUCUGGCAAUCCCAAAGAGCUGUGGGAUAUCUGAGUGCUAACUAAACAAACUAAUGUUUACAUGGUGCCAAAGGCCUGCACUGAUCGGGACACUGUGCUAACCUGUGUAGUAAUGCAAAGUGUGUGGCUUCAUCAGUACAGCACAAGAACCACAAACAGGACUUACACCACGCAGAAGGAGGAUCUCACCUUGGGUAUCCCUGUGCCAGCAACCUCUCUAUGUGUAGGUUUUUUUAUUUUUCCAUUUUGAAAAUGGUUUACUAUUUUCUGUGACUCACUCAUGCACAUAAAUACAAAUAUACACAUAUACCGAUGGUAAGUCAUGCUUGGCAAUGCGUGGCCCUUGUUCUGUGAAGCAGAAAAGAGCAGAUUCCCCUGAACUGUCGGGACACACAGCAAGCUUAUAUUUACACUGUAAGGACGACACGUCUUCUGUUGAGGCUAUCAUUUAUUUAUAUGCCAAAGUGCCCAUGAGCAUUAUGCUCCUUCCCUAUAUUCUUUCUCUCUCUCAAAUAAUAAAUGCAUAUAUAAACAGACACACAUUGCAAAAAUCAUUUUCUUGAUCAGUAUUUUUGUCUUGUUUUAAUUACAAAUAUAUAAACAUAUUUUAUUCAAAAGUU